AUGCUGAAAGCGGUAAACACAGCAAAAACAUUCGAACAGUUGAUUGAUAAGAAAUGCGCAGAAAUAUUCUUUCGCAAAGAGAAUUCCUUUACAAUACAAUGCACACAUUGCGAAUUAAAAACAUUCAGUUUCGAAGAGUAUUUAUUGCAUUUCAAAAAUGUGCAUCUAUUAACAUGGUGUUCAACACAAAGUAAUACAAAUAUUGAAACAGUGGAAAUUAAAAUCGAAGGGGACAAUGAUUUUGAAGAAACCGCGAAUAACGAGUUUGGCACGCUUAUUGAAUUACAAGAAGUGCCUUUCUCUAAUUCAACUAACUCACACUGCCCUUUGGUGGUUGGCAAUGACACUAUAACCGCUGAUACGCUAGAAGAGCAUAAUGAAUGGCUAAAUGAUGAGGUAGCAGUUAAAAGUGAUGAAGAACUAAGCAAUCAGGGUUCCGAAUAUAUACCAAGGAUACUCAAACCCGAACAGCAAAAGAGUUCAACUGCAGCGAAAUUCACAUGCAAGGACUGUUCUAAAAGCUACAAAUUUGCGAAAAACUUGGAACGUCAUAUAAAAAAAUGUCAUAGUGAUGAAGCACAAUAUUCAUGUGUGCGUUGCAAACAGAAUUUUAAUGAUGAGCGUACAUUAAACGCACACCAGCGUAAAAAACAUGCCGGUUUUCCAUGUGGAGAAUGCGAAAAGGUAUAUUCUAGUAAAGAAGCAUUAACUAUUCAUCAAUACAAACACACUGGCGUACGGGGAUUCCAUUGUAGUGUAGAAGGCUGUGGCAAAUCUUUUUUUAAUCCAAAGCAAUUAUCGAUGCACACACGUUAUGUACAUCGGUUGGAAAAGAAUUUCGUAUGUGAAAUAUGUGGUUUCCGCACUAAAAGUCAGCCGGCUCUGAUUGUGCACAAGCGUUCACAUACUGGUGAAAAGCCGUUUAUUUGUAAAUUGUGCGGCAAAGCAUUUGCCUCCAAAUCGCUAUUAUGUGAGCAUGAACCAUCGCAUUCGAAAGAGCGUCCCUAUGUGUGCGAUGUCUGUGGGCGUGACUUUUCACGACCCAAAGCACUGUAUCAUCACAAGCAUCUACAUUUGGGUAUAAAGAAAUUUGUGUGCAAACUCUGUGGUCGCGCCUUCGCACAAAUGGCUGGGCUCGCCGGUCAUAUGCGGCAACACAAAGCCGAUAAUUGUUUGUUGAAAUUUACACCAAAAAUGCUUAAAGUCGUUAACACAGCUUAUAGUUUCGAUGGCAAUUACACAAAGUCCAAAUGCGCAGAAAUUCAUUAUCAGUCAUCAACAUUUUCAAUUAUGUGCGUGUUUUGCGGUAUGAAAACACUUGCAUUUUCAGAAUUCUGUAAACAUUUUAAUAAACAUUAUGAAGAAUUCAUAAACGAAUUGCCUGAUACAGAAGUAUUGACUAUAGAUAAUGAAAGCGACAGUACGUCAAAUUUCAAUUGUAAACACGACCCUUUGAAAUUGGAAGCAGCAGAUCUUACAACUGAUUCUGAUGUGGACUUAAACAUACUGCGAACCGCAAAUCAAGAAACAAACACAGUAGAAAAUAUAAGCGAUGAAAGUGCUAUUGGCAGACAAUUGAUGCCACAUCAAACAGUAUUUGCUGCAGUACAAUAUGAUAAGGACAAAAAAGACAAUAUAAAAGUGGAAGUUGCUGACGUCACUCAUAAAACGACUGCUCAAACAUAUUUGGAAGAGUUUUCAAGUCAUGGUUGUCCAGGAAAUGAAAUCAACAGUGAUACCGACAGUGAACACACAAACCCCACUAAAAGUAAUGCAACCGAGAGUAUUGAUUGGACGAAGUCCUACGAGCCAAAUUUGUUGAAAAAUGGUGACAAACGUCCUUACAAAGCGCGUAAUAUGCCAAAUAUGUGCACAUAUUGUGGUAAAACAUUUCGACGUCGCUUACAGCUGGAUACACAUUUAAAUAUACACACCGGUUCCAAACCACACCAAUGUGAGAUUUGCGGGCGUCAGUUUCGUGCAGUGACAACAUUAGCACGCCAUCGCAAUACUCACCAGCUUCGUACCACUUUCAGUUGUAAAUUUUGUGCGAAAUCUUUUUCUCGUCGUGCAGCAAUGUUAAGCCACGAAUUGCGGCAUACCCAAGAACGACGCGUUCCAUGCGACGAGUGCGACAAGCUAUUUUAUACAGUCAAUCAAAUGGAUACACAUAAGCGUAAAGUUCAUAAUAAGACGGAUGUUGCUUCCUUACCAUUUCAAUGUAAUUUGUGCACGAAUCGCUAUCGGAGUGCCUCGAUGUUGAGUACACAUAAAUUCAAAAAGCAUUAUAAAACCGCAAAGAUAUUUUGUGAGCAAUGUGACAAGAAGUUCAUUGAUGAAGCACAAUUAGAGGCGCACAAAACUAUACAUAUGAGAACUCUUAAAUCGAAUUCUUAAUGAAUAGGUAAAUUUAGUUUAUAUUUAAUUAUUUUACAACAAAGUCGCAGGAAUGAGACUGCUUUAAAUAAAAGUUAUAUAUGUGAAA